AUGCAGACGAUGAGAACUUUCAUUGGUUUGAUGCUGUUGAUCACCCUUUACGUAGGGUCAUCGACUGCUGUUUCAUAUACUUGUCCUCCCAACGCCGAAUUUACCUCGUCCGCACCGUGUGAAUACUUUUGCGGAAUACCGUGCGAUUACAAGGGUGUAACGAAUGUAUGUAUCUGCCGCGAUGGUUACAUGAAGGACCCAAAUACUAUGCAGUGUGUGAGCGAAAGCCAAUGUACGAUUGCGGCUGAAAUUCCUUCCCUGCGCAGUGCUCCAUCGUUUACAUUUUCGUGCUUCAGCACGUAA